UACCUUGUAUUUUCCCCGGUAAGCGAAGAACAACUUGCAAAGAUCGAACGCCUACGCGAUGCAAACUACAAACAACUCCAUUUCCUCUACAUCAAUCCAGCACAGACUUUGAUUGUUAAACUCCUGCCGGGUCCAAUUCAUGAGGCAGCGACAAGCGAGUUUGGCCGCAUGCUAUGGAAGAAGAUAGCCAGAAUGGGUGCCGACCUGGACGAGGAUCUACGUGACAUGCGGGGUACAAGGUACAAGGGGGUUUCGAGCAGUAAGGAGGCUGAUUCCGCUUUUCGACCGAAUUCAUCCCGUCCUGAUAAAGCAAACUGGCCUACAGUGGUAGUUGAAUGUGGGGUGUCGGAAACUCUGGAACGCUUGCGUGUUGACGCCAAGUGGUGGCUUCAUAACUCCUUCAGGGAUGUCCAUAUCGUUUUGCUUUUUGCGAUCAAGGAAAUCGGGCAAGAGAUUCUGAUAGAGCAAUGGGAACUUUGCCCUACUGAGAAUCAGGCCAUAACCCGCCUUCAUUCCAAGGAUAUUAUUGAGAUUCCCACAUGCACUGCAUCUUUUAAUAUUCUCCCAGUUGACACUGCCAAACCGGAUGCUUUCACUCUGGUUGCUGCAUCCAAUUCGGACGCUCCUGCAGUCACCCCAGUCAACCCUUCCGAACCUGCUGCUGUCGCACCGGUUAACCCUUCGCAAUCUGUUGCUGUUAUCUCCGCAGAUGAUACCAAGCCAGUUGUUAUCAGAGAAGGUAUCAAAUUGAAUUUCGAAAAGAUCUUUGCUCGUAAGCCACUCAAAGGUAGCUUGGAAAAAGAUAUCGAAUUUACUAGGCGGGAUCUUGAAAAGUGGGCGCAGAUGGUUUGGGAG